AUGACGGCGUCCCAGCACAUGCUUCCCCAGGGGCCACAGCGCAUGGAGACGUACGGCACGAUCAAUGCCGGCUCAAGGAAACCUCUGCCAUUGCGCCCGCUGCAGAAGCCGCCCAAGACACCAAGCCCGCCACCGCCUGCGAGCAUCUACCGGUCGCCGAUCCCUCGCCGACCGCUCGUGCGCAAGAAGAGCAGCGUCGAGUUUUCCGUGUGCGUCGAGAUCAACGACGCCGAGUCGUCGCGCCGAGGCGAGUGCCGGCGUCUCUCCCAGGUCGAAAAGGAAGAGCUGUACAAGGUGCGACCGGACCUCGCGAUUGAACCGCCGCGCUCGAUCCAGGAGCUCGACAAGGACCGACUCGAGAACCAGCGUCGGUUUGUCAUAUCGAUGUUUGUGUCGUUUGCGUGCAUGCUGCUCCUCAUGAUGUUUUACGCGGUCAUUGCGAUGAAGAAGCCGCCGGCACCGUGAGCUGUCCCUCCUCUAUCUAUGAACUCACUACAUACAAUACACAACAUUGCCGA